AUGACAAGGGAACAGUAUAUCUUGGCUACACAACAUAACAACCUUCAGAGACCUGAAAAUCAACAAGUUUAUCAAGUAGGAAUUUAUGGGUGGCGGAAGCGAUGGCUAUACUUUUUUGUGCUCCUCCUAAUGGUGACAAUGAUUGUCAACCUUGCAUUGACAAUAUGGAUACUGAAAGUAAUGAAAUUCUCGGUGGAUGGAAUGGGAAAUCUGAAAAUCACAAACGAAGGAGUACGGCUGGAAGGCAAAUCCGAGUUCCUUCUUCCCUUAUAUGUCAAAGAAGUUCACUCACGAAAGGACAGCCCACUGAUGUUGCAGUCUGACAGAAAUGUAACCGUGAAUGCUCGCAAUAACCUCGGACAGAUUACUGGGCAACUGACAGUUGGUUCUAAUGCUGUGGAGGCCCAGUGCCGAAGGUUUGAAGUAAAAGCACAGGAUGGCAAGAAGAUACUGUUUUCUGCAGAUGAAAAUGAAAUUGCCAUUGGCGUUGAAAAACUGCGUGUAACAGGUCCAGAAGGUGCAGUGUUUGAACAAUCAGUGGAAACACCUCACAUCAGAGCUGAGUCAUCACAAGAACUCAAGCUGGAAUCUCCAACUCGGACUCUGACAAUGGAAGCCCCAAAGGGAGUGCAUAUUACUGCAGUUGAAGGGGACCUCAAGGCAACCUGUCGAAGGGAACUACAACUUCAAUCUACAGAUGGGGAAAUUUUUUUAAAUGCAAAGACAAUCCGAUUGGGAAAUAUCCCCCAGGUCUCCGCCUCUUCAUCCUCAGCCAGUUCUUCAAACCUACGUCAGACUGUCUACGAAGUAUGCGUGUGUCCCAAUGGCAAACUCUUUCUAUCUCCAGCAGCGGCAGGUUCCACCUGUCAGUCGAACAGCAACACCUAUAAAGCAAAUUUGGCCACAGUUUGCAUCCAACAAAAGCAGCUGCCUUCAGAGAAAGAUGGCAUUGGGAAUCAGCAGGCAUGUAGCCAACUGGUUGAGAGAGACAAGAAGGAGUGCAGAAUGCAGGCUGCAGCCAAUGCUGCCAUCUUCAUGGCUUGGAUAUGGCUGAGGAGGGGAAGAAGGGCCCGUCGCCAUCUAGCAGGGCUCAGGGAAGAGCCUCACCCUGAGGAACAUGGGCCAGUGGGGCCCCAUCAUGAAUAUCCCGAUGCUGAAGAAGAGAGGCCAAUUCCAUGCAGUUCUUUCCAGGGCUCCACUGGAGACCUCUAUGAAGUAUCACAGUUCCUGACUCAUAAAUGCAUAAGGGAGGGCACCAAUGCCUUUUUCAAUAAGAUGCACAAUUACAUCCAGUUCUCCAUGGAUGAAGCCAGCCCAGCUGCCAGAGCAGUCAGAUUUGCAGCAAUCCCCAGCUUCUCACAACAUUGUGCCAACGUUUCACCUGCAAUGGCAGCCUUCAAGAGGCAGAAACAUCACUGCAGACAUCAUGGCAGUAUGCCUAGAGCAUUGCAGGGCACUUCAAGGAAGAAAAUUAGCAGUCACUACAUCUUGCUUGACCAUCUGAGGACAGAUCUAAAUCCAGACAGCAGCAUCUCUCCAAAUGCCAUCUCUUAUGCAUAA